AUGUCUAAUUCACCUCUUGAUACAUUACCUGUUGAAAUUCUUUAUCAUAUAUUUGAUUAUCUUGAUAUUCAAACUAUUGUUCUAUCAUUUCGUUAUGUUUGUAAACGUUUUUAUUCAAUAACAAAUUCAUAUGAUCGAUAUAAUUUUAAUUUUAAAUCAAUAUCUAAACCAUAUUUUUAUGUUAUUUGUCAAUUAAUACCAUUUGAAAAUGUUAUUUCACUUACAUUAUCCGAUGAAGAUAAAACACGUGGUCAAAUUCAAUUAUUUCUUUCAUUAUUUUCUAUUGAAAAAUUUAUUCGACUUCAAUCAUUAACUCUUCUUCAAAUUAAUAAAAUUCAUUUAAAUUCAAUUGCAAAUUAUGUUAUUACUUCUUCAUUAAAAACUCUUUCAAUUAGUACACAAAUAGUACAUGCUCGUGAAAAUACAAUACCAUCUCUUCUAUCAUCAGCUAUAGCUCAUCAUAGUCUUGAAAAUCUUCAUUUGAGUAUAUGGACUAAAGAUUGGAAUGAUAUUAAAUGGCCUAUGAAUCGUACAUUACACUAUAUUCAAAUUAUUAACAGUUUAACAUUCAAACAAUUUUGUCUUAUUCUUCAAAAUUCUCCUAAUUUACGAACUCUUGUUGUAAAAGAAGUUGAAAUACAUGAUAAUGAAAACUAUGUAUAUGUAGCACCACUUCAACAAUUGACAUCAUUAAUAUUCGAAAAUGGUCUUAUAAAUAUCGAUACACUUGAACUAUGUCUUUCAUUAACACCUUCAUUAACCUAUCUAAAAUUAACUGGUACUGGAUCUUUAUUUAAUUCAUCAUUUGAUGGUUGUCAAUUGGAAAAAAUUAUUCGAAAACUAAAUUCAUUAAAAAAAUUCGAAUUUUUUCUUCAAAUUUUAACACAUAAUAACUAUCGUUCUCGUAAUGUUGAAAUUCUUAUGAAUUCAUUUCGAACAUCAUUUUGGCUUGAUAAUAUGGAUUGUUCUAUUACUUGUGAUUAUAUUAUUAAUUCACAUAAACUUAUGUUAUAUACUCUACCAAUAUGUAAUACUCGUUUUGUAUAUCAUAUUGAUUUGAAAAAAAUUUCUUCAUCAAAUUUUACAACACGAAUUAAUCAAAUUGAUAUGGAUAAUGUACAAAAAUUACAAUUACAAUUAACAAAAGAUUUGAAUUAUCUAUCAAAAAUAGAGAACGAAUCAUCAACUCAUGUCUUAUUUUGUAAUGUUACAAAUCUUACAAUUGAAAAUACUAGUGAAUGGCCACAAAGUUCAUUACAAGUUCUUUCAAUUAUUCUUGAUCUUUCACAUAUUACAAAAUUAUCAUUAUCUGUUAAUUUUAUUCCUGAAUAUAUGUUAAAUACAGUUGCAAAUAUAAAUAUAUUAUUGAAUAAAACACCAAAUCUUCAUUCAUUAUUAUUAUUUGAUUAUUGGACACCAGAUAAUUGUAUGAAACGUAUGGAAACAAUUUGUUCAAUAAUAUCAUCAAAUAUAAAAUAUUUAAAAAUUCGUGUAAAAGAUAUUGAUGAUAUUAAAUAUAUUCUUGAACAUGUUGAACAUUUAACAAGUGUUACAUUUGAAUAUGCACAAAUAUUAACAAUUAAUCGUGAAGAAUUUAUUCAAUCUUUAACAUGUUUAAAAAGAUAUUGUUCAUUAUGGGAUAGUCAAUAUGCAUUACAUCGUGAAUGUCUUUCAAUUCAUAUUGGUCAAUGUGGUGUACAAAUUGGAAAUGCAUGUUGGGAAUUAUAUUGUCUUGAACAUGGUAUACAACCUGAUGGACAAAUGCCAACUGAUUGUACUCUUGGAUCAGGUGAUGAUUCAUUUCAAACAUUUUUUGCUGAGACAGGAGCUGGAAAAUAUGUACCUCGAACAGUUUUUGUUGAUCUUGAACCAACAGUUAUUGAUGAAGUACGAACGGGUACUUAUCGUCAAUUAUUUCAUCCUGAAACACUUAUCUCGGGUAAAGAAGAUGCAGCAAAUAAUUAUGCACGAGGUCGAUAUACUGUUGGAAAAGAAAUUAUUGAUUUAGUACUUGAUCGUAUUCGAAAAUUAGCUGAUCAAUGUUCUGGUCUAUUAGGAUUUUUUGUUUUUCAUAGUUUUGGUGGUGGUACUGGUUCAGGUUUUACUUCAUUACUUGUCGAACGAUUGGCUGUUGAUUAUGGAAAAAAAUCUAAACUUGAAUUUGCUGUUUAUCCAGCUCCACGUAUAGCAACUGCAGUUGUAGAACCAUACAAUUCUAUUCUCGUUACACAUAGUACAUUCGAAAAUUCAGAUUGUUGUUUUUGUAUUGAUAAUGAAGCUGUUUAUGAUGUAUGUCGACGAAAUCUUGAUCUUGAAAAACCAACUUAUACAAAUGUUAAUCGUAUAAUGGCACAAGUUAUUUCAUCUAUAACUGCUUCACUUCGUUUUGAUGGUGCUAUUAAUGUUGAUCUAACUGAAUUUCAAACAAAUCUUGUUCCAUAUCCACGUAUUCAUUUUCCUUUAACAACAUAUGCACCAAUAAUAUCAGCUGAAAAAGCUUAUCAUGAACAAUUAACAACAUCAGAAGUGACAUCAGCUCUAUUUGAACCUGGUAAUCAAUUAGUUAAAUGUGAUCCAAGACAUGGUAAAUAUAUGGCUUGUUGUAUUCUUUAUCGAGGUGAUGUAGUACCAAAAGAUAUUAAUGCUACUAUUUCAACAUUGAAAGCUAAUCGAAAUAUUCAAUUUGUUGAUUGGUGUCCGACUGGUUUUAAAAUUGGUAUUAAUUAUCAACCACCAACAGUUGUACCUGGUGGUGAUUUAGCUAAAGUUCAACGUGCUGCUUGUAUGAUGGCAAAUACAACAGCUAUUGCUGAAGCAUGGGCUCGUCUUGAUCAUAAAUUUGAUUUACUCUAUGCAAAACGAGCAUUUGUUCAUCAUUAUGUUGGUGAAGGUAUGGAAGAAGGUGAAUUCAGUGAAGCUCGUGAAGAUUUGGCAAUGUUAGAAAAAGAUUAUGAAGAAGUAGGAGCUGAUACAGCACCGGCUGAAGGUGAAGAAGAGGGCGAAUACUAG